AUGUCGAACCAGGGCUACUACGGCGGUCAGCCACAGUAUGGUCAACCACAAUACCCACCGCAGUCAUACGGUGGCUACCCACAAGGACCACCACCUCAGCAACCAAUGCAAUACUACCCACCACAACAGCAGGCACCACCGCCACGCCAGUCGAAGGAUCGCGGCUGCUUGGGCGCCUGUCUUGCGACGCUGUGCUGUUGCUUCGUCUGCGAGGAGGGAUGUGAAUGCUGCGCCGACUGCUGCGAGUGCUGCAUGGACUGCUGCUAA